UCACAAUCUUAGGUAAACUAAAGGGGUGCCUGUUCAGUGUGCGUGUCUAUGCUCCGCACGGGCGCACUAACUUCCUGGAAACGUUAGCAGUUUUAUGCUAGGCAAGCUGCUGUCUAAGCAAAAGGAACCACGAUGUUGCAAAUAAGAAGUCAAAUUAAAUUUUGUGCAAUGGCAUUUUCUGCCGCUCGAAUGUUUACCACUGGACCGCCAGCCAACAACCCAGUUGUCUACUUUGAUAUCGCAGCAGACAACAAGCCCCUCGGGAGAGUCACCUUCGAACUAAAUGCAGAUGUUGUGCCAAAAACUGCAGAGAAUUUCCGGGCACUCUGCACGGGAGAACACGGCUUUGGAUACAAGGGGUCGACAUUCCACAGAGUGAUUCCGAGUUUCAUGUGCCAGGGUGGCGACUUUACUAAUCAUAACGGAACUGGGGGCAGAUCUAUCUAUGGACCCCGAUUCCCCGAUGAGAACUUCAAACUGAAGCAUACUGGACCAGGUGUGCUGUCGAUGGCAAAUGCCGGUCCGAAUACAAACGGGUCCCAAUUCUUCAUCUGCACGUCCAAAACAGAAUGGCUGGACGGCAAACACGUGGUGUUUGGCAACGUGAAGGACGGGAUGGACGUGGUGAAGCAGGUGGAGUCCUUCGGGUCCCGGUCCGGCAGCACCUCCAAGAGGAUCACCGUCAUGGAGUGCGGGGAGCUCAAGUAGCGCAACGUGGUUCUGGCAGAAUCGCACCAACUGUGAAUUUAACAUAAAUCAGGAAAAAAUACAAACCGUGAAUCUCUUUUAGUGUGUAGUUCAGGUGUGCACGUGAUCCAAGUUGUCUAAGGUGCACUGAUUUGCAUUCCCUGUGUGUGUAAAAAUGAUUAAAAUGUGACACUGUUGGUUUAUGGGGAAGGGGGUGGGGGUGGUCAUGAUUGAAUCAGAUGAAUAUAAAAUGAACUAUUUCUGUGUUCCACUUUAAAGGGCUUGUCUUUGCUCAUCCUUGGUGAGUACUAAUAGUGAACAUGCACAUUGCUGUGGAACAGGUGUGCAAGAUUGGCAUGAGAUUGCUUCUUUUUUUUUGUAGACUGCAGAAAUAUGUCAUGGACUUCUGUUCGAAUUCACAUAGGACCUGAGCAUGUUUACUGUAAUUGACAGUGGCAUCUGGAAUUAAACUUUGCAUUCAACUUUG